CUCUUCCCCUUCCCCUCUGCCCCCCUCCCGGAAAAAAAUCAGGAAAGGGGAGAGGAAACCAAGCAGGCGAAUUUAGGGCUUUCUCCUCGGAUUUCCAGCGAUCUCGCCGCCGAUUCGCCCAAUCCAAUGCCGCGCGCGUCCGGCUCCGCGGGCCGCCCGGCGGCCGCCGCCACCAGCGCGAGCAGCGAUGCCGGCCACUCUGAGCCAUCAUGCAGCACACCUGCCUAUCAGAAGGUGUUUCGCCCUGUUACUCGGUCUAUGACCCGUAUACCUCCUGCGGUUACUGCUACACCUGAUGCGAAGAAAAGAGUCGAUAGCACAAGCAGCAAUAGAAGUACUCCAGAUGCUCGCUUUAGCAUUCAGUUAGCUGCAGCACGGCCCACUGUAACCCGUGCUCGAACCCCUCAGGAAGUGACUAAAUCUGCUUGGAAACCUCUUACUCAGCCUGCUGUUCUGAGUGAAGACCUGAAGCGAGCAAGUACUCCUGCAACCAACCCUACUGCCAAGCGCUCCAGAGUUACUAACUCACAGGCUGCUAAAGAUUCAGCUUCUAAAGUUAAUCGAAAUGUUCGCAGUGGUAAAAAGAACAGAAACGAAGAAUGCGCUAGUCAGGCUGAUCAAUCAGAUGGUGCUGUCAUCGCAUCUCCACCAAAGAAGCUGCAUAGUGGCAAGGGCUCUUCUAAUCUGGUUUCAAAAAGGAAAAGCACUAUCAGAAGCAAGGGUGCUAAAUUAGCUGCUCAGCUGCUUAUGGGGAAUCCAGAAACUGAACUUGGAAAAGAUCCUGCCAGUGUUGAUCCAUUGCCUGCACAGCAGCUGCAACUUGAGAUUGCAAAGAAGUCGAAUGCCAUUACAGAAGCUAUUGCCAGUGGAACUAGCCAAGUCAAUCAGUCAGUUGCUGCAGUCAUCACAGAAGCUAUUUCCAGUGGAACAAGUCAAGUGAAUCAGUUGGUUGCUCCAGCAGUUACAGAUGCUGUUGUCAGAGGAAAAAGGCAAGCUGAUCAGUUGGUUACUCCAGUCAUUACAGAAGCUAUUGGCAAUAGAAGAACACGGCAGAUCAGUCAGCCGGUUGCCCCAGUCAUUACAGAAGCUAUUGGCAACAGGACAACCCAGGUCAAUCAGUUUGUUGCUCCAGUCGUUACAUUGCCAAGACAACAAUUACAAAACAAUAUUCAACAGAAGCUUAGCAAGAUAACUCUGCCCACAAGCCAGGCCAGCGUCCCGGCUGGUGCUACUGGCCCAAUGGUGGUCCCAAAGCUAGAAAUCGGGAAUGCAAAUGAGUCUUCCCAUGCUGUGUCGAGUGCUGCUUACAGGAGGGCACUGUUAAUCAAGCAGCAAGAGCAGCUUCUGCAGCAAUAUAAGUUGGUGAAUUCACAAGCGCAGCUUCACAUCAAGGGUCCUGCUCUGUUUGAGGAUGACGAAGCGCCAGAGACAGAGCCGCUGGGAACAAGGUGCGCGCUCUGCAAGCUCGACCUCGCUUUUGAGGCUCAUGGGGGCGCCGCCCACGAUGCCUCCGCUCCCCCUGUCAUCGCUGUCCUUAGAUGCCACCAUACAUUCCACAGCAGCUGCAUCGAGGACGUCUAUGGCCUCGCCGAGCCCGCCCAGUGUAUUGCAUGCCUCGACUGCGAGACAGCGCACUGAUGGUCAGCCAGUAGCACCGAUCUGUGUGGCUGGGCUGCGGUGUAGGGCUUGAAAAGAAGGGUGCUGUUAGAAUGCAUAUAUAGAUGGAGUGUUGUUGUCUCUUGUCUGCUGGUAGAAAUAUUAUGUGGUGGCUUGCUUGGCUCAGAUCAAAGUCGAAUUACCCCUUUUGCUUUUUUGCUUUAGGCGGUGUAAUUAGCAUUAGCAAGCUUUUGAUUUUGAUGGGCAGACAGUUAAACAGUCGGACACCAUGGAUGUUUUCCUUUCUAUAGUAUAUAUAGAUAUUGACCUGCAUUUUCGAGUA